ACACAAUUCAUGUCUCUUGGCUCUUCUUCAUAAGCUUAUCUUGAUUCUGAUCUUUAGAGUCGUAUUAUUACAAGAAUAGAAAGAAAAAAUAAAAGAAUUAGAGUCUGCAAGAAAAAAACAUGAAAACACCCAGCAGCUCUGUGGGUAAGACCCAAGAGCGUUUCUCGAUUAGUCUCAUAUUCAGAUGCAUCAGAGUUCUCAUCAACAGAUCUAUUUCUUUCUUAACUUGUUAGAAAAAAAUCCUUUAAAAUUUUACUUUUCUGAAGCUUUUUUUUUUUAAUUAUUUGUUGGGUGUUGGUGAGAGGUUUAUAUGAAAUUUUACUCAUUAGUGUUUAUAUCGUAAAAAAGAUGUCAAGAAAGCCAUGUUGUGUCGGAGAAGGGCUGAAGAAAGGGGCAUGGACCACCGAGGAAGACAAGAAACUUAUCUCUUACAUUCACGAACACGGUGAAGGAGGCUGGCGCGACAUUCCCCAAAAAGCUGGGUUGAAACGGUGUGGAAAGAGUUGUAGACUGCGAUGGACUAACUACCUAAAACCGGAGAUCAAAAGAGGCGAGUUUAGUUCAGAGGAGGAACAGAUUAUCAUCAUGCUUCAUGCUUCUCGUGGUAACAAGUGGUCGGUCAUAGCGAGACAUUUACCUAGAAGAACAGACAACGAGAUCAAAAACUACUGGAACACGCAUCUCAAAAAACGUUUGGUCGAACAAGGUCUUGAUCCCGUGACGCACAAGCCAAUAGCUUCUAGUUCCAACCCUACUGUUACCACGCCGCCUGAGAAUUUGCAUUCCCUGGCUGCAUCUAGUUCCGACAAGCAAUACUCUCGGUCGAGCUCAAUGCCGUCCCUGUCUCGUCCUCCUACCUCUGGUUUCAACACGGUUUCUGAGGUGUCCGAGAUUACCAGCAAUGUUUGGACACCGGUUCAGGACGGUUCCUUGGGUUGCAAGAAACGGUUUAAGAAAUCGAGUUCUACAUCAAGGCUUUUGAACAAAGUUGCGGCCAAGGCCACUUCCAUCAAAGAUAUACUGUCUGCUUCCAUGGAAGGUAGCUUGAGUGCUACUACGAUAUCACAUACAAGCUUUUUUAAUGGCUUCUCUGAGCAGAUUCGCAGUGAAGAGGAUAAUUCUAAUGCAUCCCUGACAAAUACUCUCGCCGGAUUCGAUCCCUUCUCCCAAUCAUCUUUGUACCCCGAACAUGAGAUCAAUGCUACUUCUGAUCUCGGCAUGGACGCGCAGGGUUACGAUUUCUCACAUUUUCUCGAAAAACUCGGAGGAGAUAACCACAACGAGGAGAACAAUAUUAAUAUCAUGAAUGUCGAGUAUGGUCAUGAUCUUCUUAUGUCCGAUGUUUCCCAAGAAGUCUCAUCAACUAGCGUUGAUGAUCAAGACAAUAUGACUGGUAACUUGGAGGGUUGGUCAAAUUAUCUUAUUGACCAUGCUGAUUUUAUAUAUGACGCCGAAUCAGAAUCCCUCGAAAAGCAUUUCAUAUGAAUCUUCAUAUCCAAACAGAAAGGUUUCAAAACUAUUAUAUAUUUGAAACUUGCCUGAACGAGAAGUUAUGUAUUUAUUUCUUAUUUGGGUUUUUAGUAUAUAUGUCCAAGAUCUAGUGGUUAUUUAUCCUAAGUUUGGGGUUUAUAUGAUGUUAUAAGGAUUCCUGAAGAAGAAUAAAUAUCAGGAUUCCAAUUAGGGUACCUAAUUUCUCUGACACUGAGAACCAUGCAUGUAAUUAACUUCGCGGAUCAAUUGGUAAUUGAUUUGUGCGGGCCACGAUGUUUUAUAAGUGUUAUUUUUUAUAA